AUGGCACCUGGAGGAGAAGGAGGUGGAAGUAUAGGAAAAGUGGGAGACUUUGAUAAAAUCUGGCGUGAACAUUGUGAAGAUGAGGAAACUCUCUGUGAAUAUGCUGAGGCAAUGAAAAACCUGGCAGACAAUCAUUGGACUAAAACCUGUGAAGGAGAGGGCCGUAUUGAAUGGUGUUGCAGUGUGUGUCGGGAGUAUUUUCAUAAUGGUGGGAAAAGGAAAGCUCUUGAAAAAGAUGAGAAACGAGCAGUUCUUGCCGCACAAAGUACACAAACCAUGACUCCAAAAAGAGAGAAUUCUUCAGAACACUGCAUAAACACAACUUCUUUAAUGGAUGAACUGGUGCAUCCUUCAGGGAAGAUCAGAUUACUUGAUGUUGGCAGCUGUUUUAAUCCAUUUCUGAAGUUUGAAGAAUUUUUGACUGUUGGCAUUGACAUUGUUCCCGCAGUUGAGAGUGUCUACAAAUGUGACUUCUUAAACCUUCAGAUUCAACAGCCUCUUCAGCUUGCGCAAGAUGCCAUAGAUGCUUUUUUGAAGCAACUGAAAAAUCCUAUCGAUUCUCUGCCUGGGGAAUUAUUCCAUGUUGUUGUCUUCUCCCUCCUCCUUUCUUACUUCCCAUCACCUUAUCAACGAUGGAUAUGUUGCAAAAAGGCCCAUGAACUUCUUGGAUUGAAUGGAUUGCUGCUUAUUAUCACGCCUGACUCUGCCCAUCAAAAUCGCCAUGCUAUGAUGAUGAAAAGUUGGAAAAUCGCAAUAGAAUCCCUAGGCUUUAAACGUUUCAAGUAUUCAAAGUUUUCUCAUAUGCAUCUCAUGGCAUUUAGAAAGAUCUCACUUAAAACUACUAGUGACUUGGUGAGCAGGAACUACCCCGGGAUGCUAUACAUCCCCCAGGACUUCAACAGUAUAGAGGAAGAGGAAUUUUCUAACUAUUCUUGCUAUGUCCGGUCCGAUGCUGAAGAUGAACAACUGGCAUGCAGCUUCAUGGAACUUCCAGACGCUCCUUAUGAUUCAGACUCUGGGGACAGCCAGGCCAGCUCAAUCCCCUUCUAUGAGCUAGAAGAUCCAAUUUUACUUUUAAGUUAAUUAUGUAACAAUUAAAAAUCUGCUUCAAAGUCCAAACUCCCUUUACUAUGAAACUAAAUUUGCCAUGCUGACAUCUGCUCCCACACGGAAAAGGAAAUG